CCGCUACCAAGGAGAAAAAACUAUGGCCGCAGCAUUGCUGUCUGACUUCAUGCCAGUUCCAAUAGAGUUGAAAGGCUAUGUCAUUGGUUGGCGUCGAGCUGGGAUAAAUGAAAUGGCUAAGCUUUCUGGAACCACAAUUGAUCCCGGGAAGAGAUAUGAGGCAGGGUUUACUAUAAUUGGAAGCAAAGGGGGAAUAAAGAUGGCCAAACAACUUAUAUCUAAAAAACUGGCGGAGCUGAAUCAUAACUGGGACGAGCCGGUUGAAAUUCCAGACAGAUAUAAAGGCAAGGUGAUUGGAAUUGGGAAAGCUAAUUUACGCAAGAUAGAAAACCAGACAGGAGUAAGACUUUCUGUUAAGGAACAAGAAAUAUUUAUAGUCCAUGGAACAGAACAACAACGGCGACAUGCAAAAAUGAGCAUUGGAAAAACUGUGGCUGUAGCAAGAGUAAUGGCUUUUGAAAACAAAGUUUGCUCUUAUGUCGAUGGCUGUCAUCUUCCUGUGAAGUGUAAACUCAAGCUUGAGGAGGCAGAAGCGGAAAAUCCAAUUCUUCUGCCAGGAUCUGAAACCCAGUAUCGACUAAAGCCAGCUGAGCACUGUGCAAGGAAGGAUUCUUAUCAUGGCUGGAAUGACCCCGCGUAUCAAUCAAAUCUUCUGGAUGAAGUCUUGAUGUCUCUCAGGAAAAUUAAAGAUAACAUGGAUUCAGCUGAGACUCCGAAGGCCGACAUAUGGUGCUAUUUAGGAACCUGCAUUAUUCGAGCACCUGAUGAAGAUGACGUUCUCCAACAAACGUGGGAAAUCGAAGAGGUAACAGAAAAGUUGCAAAGACCCGAUGUGGGAGGAAAUUUUUGGAAAGUUUCUUUUACAGUACAAGACGAUAUUCCUGAGGAUAUCUUUCAAAGCAAUGGCUACAAAGAGAUUACUAUGGGUGACGAAUACAUCUCCAGAUAUGACCUGACAUAUCUGACACCUUGCUUUUAUCAUCUUAGGUGUAUGGUGUGGGUGGCAAAGAGUAGCUUAAAGGAAAGGCUCGAAGAUGUACCAAUCCCUGGUGAUGCUAACAAUUUAUUAGAGGAGAUUUAUUUCGAAGAUGAAAUGACACGAACACGCUGUCGUGGAUGGCUGGUACUUAAAUCUCGAAGGCAUUUGAAGAGAGACAUUCUGUUUCCUGGCUGCGAGCUAGACUGCAGGUUCAUCGUGCAUGAGCGAAGACAUUAUACCGUUGAAAGUGGAGAUGUUCCAAAAAUAGAAGUGAGGCAUACUUUGUCCACAUACCUUUCUCGAUUGACUUUGACAGAUGAGAAUGCCUUCGGAUUACGUCUUCCAGAUCAUAUCCCCGACGGAUUUCAUUUACUCUUUAAGCGAUGCUGUAAGCGAAAAAUGUACAGCAGCCGUCCAGAAUUCUCUGCCACACUUUCACAAGUGAACGCAUGGUGGAUUGACUCUUCAGAAAAUGAAACAAACAGAGAAUCGACUGAGCUCCACCUACACAGCGAAGAAUGCGACAGACUUCUUAUGAGUACAGAUUGGCAACCGGAAAUCAUAGUUCAGAAGUUGCCUGCAUUUCUUAAUUUUGUUAGAGAAAUCAGAGGCUUCGUUGAGCGGGAAAUGAAAGAAAAUGGAUCGAAAAGAACAGGUAUCAAAACGACCAUAUCUUCAGAAGUACCAUAGCUGUGCAAGGGACAUCAUAAUGUCUCAUUUUUGGAGGUGCUGUCUCCCCAAAUCUAUUCAUUUCCUCUGAUCUUCGAAUCAACCUCUCAAUUUUGUAAUUGCCGAGAUGGAUUUCAUCCUAUUCUUUCGGUGUAAACGGUGUUGAACGCCUUGUCCUCUCACAGCGCUUUACCCAUAACUGCAUCAUUGUCAGAGCUUUCUCGUUCCACGAACAGGAACUUAAUCGCUUACUCGUCGAAUAAAUCAUAACUAUAUCUGUGAAAAGAAAAGUAUAGGUUUUGCUGAAAGUUAGCAGGCGGUGUACGCACUCCGACUGUAUUGCAUUGUGGUAGCGUUAUUUUCAACAUGGUGGUAAAAGCGGCAGAAAUCGGCUGAUUUCGACUGAGAAUUCCGUGAAAGUGAUGUCAUUUAUUUUUAAUUCCACUAUAGGUAAAUGUAAUUUGAUUUAUUCUCAAUGUUUAGAAGUAUUUUUUGUCCGUAUUUAUCGUGUAUUUUAUCGUUCUUGAGGACAGACGUUAGCAUUGUUUUAUGGCAUGUAAUUUGAGAGCGGUUUUCGAGGUCUAAUUUGUUGUACGUCGUAGUUUGAUGCCUUUUUAAAGAUUUGUAUGGCUACUUUGAUUCUUCUUCAACAGCUCUGACCAAACGCUCUCAAACGCUC